AUGCUUGAAAAAGGCCUAUUAGCAUCAUACAAAAUAUCGCAAUUGAUAGCGAAAUCAGGAAAACCUCAUACUAUUGGAGAGUCAUUAAUAUUACCAGCUAUCAAAGAAGUGUUAAAUUCAAUGGUUGAUUGUGAUUCUGAACAAAUAAUUUCAUCAAUUCCUUUGAGUAAUAGUUCUGUUUCUUCCAGAAUUGAUGAAAUGGCAUUUGAUAUCGAAGAAACCCUAUGUGCAUUUUUAAGAACAACAAAAUUUUCAAUUCAGAUUGAUGAAUCGACAUUCAACGAUAGUGUUGCACUUUUAUUAGUUUACGUACGUUAUAUUAAUCAAAAUGAUGUAAUUCAAGAAGAAUUUUUAUUUCUGAACACCUUGAACUCGAUACAAGAGGAUUAA